AUGCACUCGUGCUGUACGCAUAUAGUUGGUGUCUAUAAAGACUCACCCUGUGUAUCCAUCAUUGUUAUGAAACAGCGACAUGUAGACUCCCUGUCCAGACGAGCAGUCGGUACGGGUGUAGUCGACAUCAAACAGACUGGCCAAUUCAUCGACUUGAUGAGUGGACAAGCCAACGGUCGUGGCGAUUUGGACAUCAAUCGGAACAAUCUGGCAACCUGUAGACCAUAG